AUGGAAGUUGAACGACUCGCUGAAGGCACGGAGGUGAGGCAGCGCAGCCUCUUGAAUAUGCUCAGCAGCGAUCCUGUCAUGGCGAGGGUCGUCAAAUGCAUGCAAGGAGCUCACUGGAUUGCGCGGAACGAUGCACCUAUCGCUCUCUACCCCAUGCUGGUGCGGUUCAUGGCGGAGCAAGGAUGCCCCGACAUGAUGAACGGUGAAUCAUAUGCCUUCAGCGAGUUCGUAGAGGCUAUGGCAGAGCAUCUGGUCGACAUCACACAGGUGAAGAAUCAUGUGGACAAGGUGAAGACCAAGCUGUCGCAGUACUACGUCGAGCCCGGCGCAUCCAACGGGCCAAACACCUCUCGCCUGAACAAGUUCCUUGCUGCACACGGCAGCAAGGACAAGCGCAAGGUGGAGCUCAAGGGAGUGGACGAGAACGGCAAGCCUGCAAAAGCCGAGAUCGAGCUUCACGGGGACAUCAUCGACCCUGAAAACCUUGGGGGGGGAUGCGACUUGGAGGCCUGCGUGGACCUGGCGAGGCGUUUCGCUCAGCGCCUUGAUUAA